UUUGAAUUUAAUUGUUGAAUUUUUUACAUUAACAUAAUUUCUCUCUUGGAAAGUGAAACCCUCUUUUUGUAGUAAAAGCUACCAAUCACACUCACCAUGUCUCUCUUAUAUCAUCUAUUGUCUAUUGUCUAAGGUUGGAGAGAGCGUGUUGAUUUACUUGAUUAUUUAAAUUUAAAAAUAAUCAAAAAUCAAAUCCGUCCAUCAUCUAGAAUCUCCAUUAACACCAUUCACAUCUAUGGCUACUACCGCAUUCAAUCUCGCCAUUACCCAGUCUUUGAAGGUCAGUGGAGAAGAAGAGAAAAGGAGGCUGUCGUUGACUCGAAGAGAAGAAACGGUGGUUGGAAUAGAGAGAGAGAGAGAGAGAGAGAGAGAGAGAGAGAGAGAGAGAGAGAGAGAGAGAGAGAGAGAGAGAUGCAAGAGAAAAUGAAGAGAGGGAAGGAUGAUGAAAAGAUGAUGGGGCCUAUGUUCCCUAGGCUUCAUGUGAAUGAUACAGAUAAAGGAGGGCCAAGAGCUCCACCGAGGAAUAAGAUGGCCCUUUACGAGCAGCUUAGUAUUCCUUCUCAGAGGUUUAAUAAUCAUGGCGCUUUGCUUCAUAAUCCAAGUAAAGCUACCAACUUGGUUCCUGCAGCAUCCUCCAGCCAGGGGAGUGGCUAUGAGCGCAAUUUGCACCUCCCGCUUCAUGUUCCUCCUUCUACACACUCUCAUCUGGAUGAGAAGCUCCAUUCUCGCCAACCUGAUGGAGGAAACUCAAAUGCUGCAUCAGCUCAAAUUGAGCAGAGGAAAAAGAAAGGAGAUGAAGAUGAUUUCAGAGUACCUGUAUUUCUUCACUCUGGGAUGGGACAAUCUCUUGGUAAAACUCAGAGUGGCAUUGAUAUGGAAAAUUCCACCAGUUUUGGCCAGAAUUAUUUGGGUCACUCAACAAGAUUACGGGAUGCUGGUGACAAGGAUCAAAAAAAUAAUAUCUCUAGAGGUCCCAACUUGAGACAGGAUGCAAGAAACCAGAGUAAGGAGAACCUAGAGGCGUGUGUCUCAAGUAGGGGUCAUUCAGUAAGAUCUUUUACAAGUUCACCAAGUAAGGAACUGAUGAUAGUAAGGCCUGAGGAUGCAUCCCCAAGUCAACAAAAUUUAGAUGACCCUGUUGCUAGUUCUAGUAGUUUGUGUGAAAAUGAUGUCUGUUUGCAACAAGAGGCUUCUGCUGCUCUGUUACAGCAAAAUGACAGUGGCCAUGAUGAAGGUGUUCCUGAGUUGACAAGGGAAUUAGAGAAAGGAAAUGGUCCCCAGCCAAUGAGUGACUCUCAUUCGACAGAGGAUCUUAAUAGUCCCAACGAGCCUGAAAUUGAUAGUGAACACCAUGGAGACAGGAGUUAUAUGUCAGUACAAUUUGGAAAUGGAGAUAAAAGUGAUGAUGUAUCUGAGAUAUCAAUGCUGGAUUCUGUAUCAGCACUAGAUGUUUCUCCUGAUGAUGUUGUAGGAAUAAUUGGUCAAAAGCAUUUCUGGAAAGCAAGAAGGGCAAUUGUCAGUCAACAGAGACUGUUUGCAGUGCAAGUGUUUGAGUUGCAUAGAUUGAUAAAGGUUCAACGACUUAUUGCUGGAUCUCCACAUCUUUUACUUGAAGAAAGUACUUAUUUGGGAAAACCUUCUAUGAAGGUCUCACCUGCAAAGAAACCUCCAUCGGAAAAUGUUGUGACACCACCAGUGCAUGUUAGUAAGCGCAAAUAUGAUCCUGAGAAACUAAAUCACAACAUGGAAUAUUCUGCCGAGAAUGCAGUUGGGAAGUUUUCUUCUGUCAAAAAUGGCAGUCAGCCUUCUAAUUGCGGGCCUUAUACAGGGAACCCAAAACCAGUUCCUGUGGCUGCUGAUAGCAAAAUGGCCCCUUGGUGUUUCCAGCAUUCACUCGGGCAUCAGUGGUUAGUUCCUGUGAUGUCUCCGUCAGAAGGACUUGUAUACAAGCCAUACGCCGCACCAGGAUUUAUGGGAUCAGUCUGUGGAGGAUGCAGGCCUUUUGGUCCAAGUCCUGUGACUGGUAAUUUUAUGGAUCCGACCUAUGGGGUUCCAGCUUCUCAUCAUCCCCAUCAAGGAACCAUGCCCAUGCCAGGUGUUCCUGCGCUUGGUCAUGGUUACUUUCCUCCAUAUGGCAUGCCGAUCAUGAGCUCAACCAUGCCAGGUUCAGCAGUGGAACAAAUGAAUUACUAUGGUCAAGCUGGUCAGUUAUCGGGAGGAGGAGCAAACAUUGUUGUGCAACAUCCAAGCUUACAACUGCAGAAGAGUGGAUCCAUUCCACGAGUUAACAAGCCUCGGGCUUCUAAAGACACUGAGCUACGGGGAAGUACAGCAAGCAGUCCCAGUGAGAGAGUGCAAGGAGCUGGGAAUGCUCAAGCUGCUGAAACAAGAGAUCCACUUCCACUGUUCCCAACGGCUCCUAUUGCUUUGGAAGGAGCCACUCAGCCUCAACUUACCAACCAGCCAAGAGGAGUGAUCAAAGUUGUGCCUCACAACCGUAGAUCUGCUACUGAGUCAGCAGCUCGGAUUUUCCAAUCUAUCCAAGAAGAGAGAAAACAAAAUGAUACUAUUUAGUUUAUUCAAAGGUCGGACAAUGCCAAGAACUCUCUCCCCUAUGGCCUUUCUAACUUAUAUGGUGUUUUGGCUUUCUAACUGUACCUUGUUUGGGUAUAUGAUAUAUUGCACUUUUCUUUUGCCCUUUUUUUUUGGUUGACCUGAAUAUACAGGCUAUUCAUAUGUAGAUACAGCAACUGAAGAACUACAGCAGAACAGUGUAACAUUUAUGUGUUGGCUUCCAUACCAUUAUGUAUACCGUGUUAACUCAGAUCUUUAUAGAGGUAUUAUUGCUCUUCAAAUGGGAGGGUAGAUUUUGCACUGAUUA